AUGGCCCAUCGACGCCUGCCUUCGAUCCUCGGGUCACCCGUGCCAACCUGGCGCAGCAUCCAGGGCUCCAGCGCCUCCCAACGGUUGCCGUCCCAGGCCAUCCGCCCCCUGCGCACCUCUUCGGCCCCGCGCGCAACCUACCGCCGCUUUGGUCAGCCCGCCCCGUCGUCGUCGCCAGCACCACCGCCGCAAUCGCACAACGCUGCACCAACGCCACUCAACCUCCAGACCUUGCAGGACAUCCUCGUCCAGCGCACCCGCGCAAACGCCGGUGGCGGCGGAGGAGAAGGAGGAGGCGGCAACCGUAGACCGCGCGGCAGGGGCUUCCAGUCGCGACCCACGCUCCUCUUCGUCGUCGGCGGCGGCGCGGGCGUCUACUACCUCGUCCACCUCGAGCGCGUCCCCGAGACGGGUCGCUGGCGCUUCAUCGACGUCAGCCGCGAGCAGGAGGUCGCCAUGGGACAGGAUUCGUACCGCCAGGUGCUCCAGCAGUACCGCGGCAAGAUCCUGCCCCCCAACCACCCGCACAGCCGCCAUGUCAGAAAGACGGCAGAGAGGAUCAUCGCCGCCCUCGAAGAUGGUCAGCACUCGGACGUCAAGCACGGCUCCGUCGACGCCGCCCUGGGCAGCAGCGGCGGCGGCGGCGGCGAGUCGAGCUUCUUUGGCGCCACUGCCUCCGACGGCGGGCCCCGGCCAAAGACCGACUGGGAGUUGUUUGUCAUCGACGAGCCGUCGGAGAAAAACGCCUUUGUGCUGCCGGGGGGCAAGGUCUUUGUCUUUACCGGCAUCCUGCCCAUCACGGCCAACGACGACGGCCUGGCCACGGUGCUGGGCCACGAGGUGGCGCACCAGGUGGCGCGCCACAGCGCCGAAAAGGUGUCGGGCUACAAGGUCCUGAUGUUUGGCGCCCUCGUCCUCGAGUCGCUCCUCGGCAUCGACGCCGGCCUCAGCCGCACCGCCCUCACCCUCCUCCUCUCGCUGCCAAACAGCCGCAAGACGGAGCUCGAGGCCGACCAGAUCGGCCUCUCGAUCAUGGCAAAGGCGUGCUACGAUCCGCGCGAGGCCGCCAGGCUGUGGCAGCGCAUGCAGCAGUCCGAGGGCGAAGGCGGCGGCGGCGGCCUGGGCGACGCGGCAAAGGCACUGCUCUCGACGCACCCGGUCAGCAGCCAGCGGAUCAAGAAGAUGCAGGAAUGGCUUCCCGAUGCCAUGUCGACGCGCUCGCAGUCGGGCUGCCCCAACCCAGACGACGUGUCGGGCUUCCGCAGCGUCGUCGGAGGGUCGAGGUUCGGCAGCGCCUUUGGGUAG